AUGGCGACCGGCAAGCUGGGGGCGGUGCCGCCUCCGUGGCCAGUAGAGGCCCGGUUGGCGGCGCUGCUUCCCGACUUGUUAGUCUUCAGGAAGCGCAGGGGAUCGGAACCCGAGCUCUCCACCGCUCAGGGCGUCCUGCUUGGUGUCCACGUGACGGGUUUGUCUGCAGGUCGGAUUUCCCAGGUUAUUAUUGGAGACGAACAACGGCAGUACCUCUUAGUCAUUGGGCGGGAUGUAGAUGGUGUCCAAUUAGCUCAGCGUUUGGCUCAAGCAAAUGAGAUUGUCUUGUCCUGGAACUGCUGGAAGCUCUGUGAGCAGUACAUGUUUGAAGUGGAAAUCAUGAGGGAGGAUGAAGCUGUGAAGGAGGCUGCCUUAUACAUCUCCACUGCCAUUGAGAAAGGGGGCGGCCAGCUGAGCCGGAUCUUUAUGUUUGAGAAAGUAAGUACAAGGGAACUUGACCAUCAGCAUUACAAGGGCUGCAUGUUCCUUUGUGUUUUCGGCCUUCCCGGAGACAAGAAGCCGGAUGAGUGUGCCCAUGCCCUGGAGAGCUCCUUCAGCAUCUUCAGUUUCUGCUGGGAGAAUCUUGAUGAGACCAAGGUGUUGCCAGUGAAGCUGAAGGAAGCCGAUUACAAGCAGUGCUUCUAUGCCAUCCAGACUCUCAUGGCCAUCUUCUUUGAGAUUGAUGUAUGCCCACCCUACUACCGGCAAGAAUGCCUUCACCAACAACUCCGUGGGAUGGUGGAGGAACCGCUUCAUUGCCUUUUUAAUGACCUCUUCUUUGUGAAGGCAGUGAGGGAAAGACCACUGAUUUUCCUCAUUGAUGAGGCCCAGUAUAUGGAUGCAGCUUCCUGGGAGUUUUUGGGCACCUUGCUGUCCAGUGUGCCCAUCAUCAUGGCGAUGACGUUGACCCCCAUCUUCACUCUAUGUGGCUGGGCCCAGCACUUCCUGAAGAGUCCUCAGGCAACCCUUGUGCCCAUUUCCAUGUUGGCAGCAACCUCACUAUUCAGAAUGGCAUGUUGGGAACUGGGGGUGGUGAGCAUGCCCCCAGAGCUGCAGAUGUGCUUUGGAAACCCCCUCUACUGUGAGGUCCUAUGCCAGGACCUUCUCUCGAAGGACAUACUGCUCUUUCAUGACCUACAAAAGGAGGAGAAGGAGAACAGCAAGUGGGAGACCCUCUCAGAUCUGCUGCAGCACCUCCUGCCUGGCUGGGAUAAGCAUAAGCUACUGCAGGUUCUGAGGGCUCUUGUGGAUAUGCAUGUGUUCCAUUGGCUCAACAAGAGCCAAGAGCUUCCUGCUCAGCCAGUAGUGGUACCUUCCUCUAUCAACAUUAUUGAACAAACCAAAGAGAAGACAGAAAAAUCAGGUGAUGACAGAACAGAGGAAGAGUUCCUGGACCGAGUGAGCAGGAUGCUGGCUCAGAUCGACCCUGAGGAAGACAUGUUGACCACAAAGGCCUGUCACUGUGAGGAAAUUCUGAAGUUAGUGCUCUCACCCCUCACCCUACACUGCUUGGUGAUUGGAGAAACCACUUGUGCAUUUUAUUACCUGCUAGAGGCUGCCGCUGCCUCCUUGGAUCUGGCGGAUAAUUACAUGGUCUGUUUCAACAUGGGACAAAUCACCUUGGCCAAAAAACUGGCUAGACAAGCCCUUCGACUGCUGAAAAGGGAUUUCCCUUGGACCUGGUUUGGUGUUCUUUUCCAAACAUUCCUGGAAAAAUAUUGGCAUUCCUGGUUCCAGAGCCAGUCUCCAAACAACCUUAGUGAGAAGUUAUCUCUACCUAUGUGGACCUCUCCCAGUACUCACAAAGCAUGGGCGACAGGGAGAAGUGGCUGCACUCUGAGAAGAUGGCCAUUCAGAAAAGCAGUGGAUAUUGGUUCUCCAGGGAAGAACUGGUGGCCACAGCCCGGCUCAUGCAGGCCUUGGCCUACACCAAACUCUGCCUUGGCCAUCUUGACUUCUCCAUCAGCCUCGGUAAGAGUGGUUGGGGCCUUUGGGCCUAGGGCUAUUAGAGAAUGCAGGCUCCCAGCUAGAUCUCACACAAUGCUCUUGCACCUCCUUAGGUUUUCAAGCCCAUGA